GAUACGGUGCUCAUAUAUGCAUCCAAGUAUCAUGAUGUACCCAUCGUUAUAAAUGUUUCUGGACGCUACCACAUGGACAAAGGAAUUGAUAAAAUCUUGGGUAAAGAUUAUAUGGAAAGAAUCAAGGAAAAUGGAUUUAUAGAUGUCAAGGACAACAAAGGAAAUAUCCGGUACCGUGUGACAGAAGAGAGUUUGUUGCAACUCCUUGCAAUAGAUAUGCAUGCAGUAUGCCUUUCAAUUGCGAAGAGCUGCAGGGUCUUUACUGUUCAUGGCUCUGAGGAUGAGAUUGCACCUCUGGGAGAUGCUUUCGAGUUUGCCAAUAUCAUACAUAACUACAAAUUGCACAUUGUGGAAGGUGCUGAUCACGUUUUCGACAACCAUCAGUCUGAGUUAGUUGAAUUGGUGGUGAACUUCAUUAGAGAAUCCCUACAGAUUCAUUCCAUUCAUGUGAGGAAGAUCCAUCGUAAGACAGUUAUUGGAAUUCUUUAGUUUGCAACAACACGUAACUCUAUAUUAAACAUAAAUCAGCUCAGGCCUUUAUUGAAUUUGGUAGUGCACAAGUAGCACUAGGAGGAGCCUUUGGUUUAAAAAAGGCACCAUAAGUUUAUAAUAUUUGACUUUGUAGCGAACCUAUAAUACCAAUUGGUUCCUUCAUGCAAAUGUUUGAAGUCAUACUUUUCCAAAAUCUCCUUUUUUGGUUUCUCGGUUUGUGGUCGCAGUAAAUCCUACAACACAUUCCUUAUGAUAAUUUCUAGAUCUAAAUCUUUUUUAUCUCCUAAUUAUCAAUAUAAAUAUUAGAAAUAUAAAUAGACACAAGGAUUUUUACAUGGUUCGAUCAUUGUGAUCUACAUCCAUGGUUCUUCACUAUGAUUGUAGGAAUUACAUGAAUAUUACAUUUAGAAUCUCCAUUAAUGGGUUCUUGAUAGAGCUCUAGAUUUGGAUUUUGGGGAAGAAGAUGAUAAAGAAAAUAAAGUCUCUCUCUGUAUCUUUUUAAAAAGUGUGUCCCUCUACCAAAUGUGUCUCUCCUUUUCUCUCUCCUGCCUUUCUCUUUAUAUAGGUGUUUACAUAGUGGAUGACAUCUAAUAGGUAGUGGAGUACAACUAAUAAAGCCUUUUAUUUCGGAUCUAGUGUGCGAUGUUCUCGCACACUUAUAUUAUAUCUUCUCGCACGUUCUACGUCUCUCGCACACUCAUAUGGGUUAUGCGAUAUUUUUCCCCUACAUUUUGCCUC